AUGCUCAAAGAGUGUACAUGCAAGAAAAAAUGCGACGUCAAAGACUGUGAAUUUCGCCAUCAUACUUUGAUGCAUGGUGCCCCACGCAUUUCUUGGAAAAAUCAAGAAUCGGAAAAAGCUCAACCUCAAACGGAGAAACCCCCUCUUCACAAAAAAGAAGAAAAGAAAUUAGUAGCCACUCACUUCGUAGAUGGGGCUCAAAUAAUUACUUUAUUGCAAGUAGUGCCCGUGACGGUCGAACAUAAGGGAAAUAAAGUCGACACCUUCGCUCUCCUAGAUCCUGGAAGUGAAGCUUCCCUCAUUCUUCAAGAUUUAUCCGCUCAUCUGAAAAUUGAUGGGCCGACUGAAAUCGCUCGACUUGGAUCCUUCCACGGCGUCGAUCCAGAAAUCAAAACAACCAGAGUCAAAUUCAAUAUUUUUCCUCGAGAUCAGAGUCGUGCCUUCGCUGUGAAAAAUGCAUACUCUGUCCCGAAGUUGGAAGUGAAGAGCCGGAAAAUCAAUUGGCCAGCUCUUAAACACCAGUUGAAACAUUUGAAUGACUUUGACUUCCCUCUCAUCGACUCCAAUAAGGUAUCUGUACUUCUCGGACCUGACGUCAUGAGAGUCCAUGAUGUGUUGGACGUCCGGAUGCCUCCGGACGGAAUAGAAGCUCCUGACGGAAUACAAACCCAUUUUCAAGAUGCUGUCACGCAGUUCUGGCUCACGGAAUCCUUCGGUGUCAACUCUCCCGCACACCCGCCGAUGAGUAACGAAGACAAGAAAGCUCUCAGCAUCUUAAACAAAACAAUUCGCCAUAUCGUGGCGCUUCGGCAUCUUCAUUCGCUGGAGCGACGCUUCGAAAAAGAUCCAACAUUCGCGAAAAGUUACGCUCGAGUUGUAGAAGAAUACAUCUCUCUUGGCCAUGCCAUCCCGGCCCCAUCGAAUCCUGCUUCAAACGGCCAAGAAUGGAUCCUGCCGCAUCAUGGUGUCCAAACGCCCGCGAAACCUGGCAAAGUUCGCGUGGUUUUUAAUCCCUCCGCACAACACCGCAGUACGUCCCUGAAAGACCAAUUAUUCAAAGGCCCGGAUCUUUUAACUUGCCUAAUAGGAGUUAUUUUGCGUUUUCGGAUGCUGCCGGUACCAAUGUCAGGUGACAUAGAAAAAAUGUAUCACCAAGUUCAAGUGGCUAAACACCAGCAGUCGCUACUCAAAUUUUUAUGGAGGACGCCCGGCAGCCAAGAUCCACCGACAACUUUUCAAAUGACGGUCCACAUUUUUGGCACAUGCAUUUUCGCGCUCCGACGUACGGCCGAAGAUUUUGGCCACCUCUAA